CGCACUACUCACAGAGCACACAAGCACACGGCAACCCAACUCGACUGACAGAGUUGGCGCUCAAGCCUUACUGCCGCGAGCAGCACUCAAGAAGAAACACUACAGCAACCAAGCCAACAGAACACAAGGAUGUCUUCCUACGUGACUUCGGACUGCCACCGCGUCUGCCCGUCCUCGCACGGGAACCGCUUCGACACAGCGCACCGCAAAAAGGCGGUGGGGAACAUCUUCGAGAACGUUAACCAGGACGCUCUCAUGAGGCUGUUCCAGAAAACGGGAGACCAGAAGGCAGAGGAGCGGGUCCGGAGCAUCUUCUCCUACUCCCAGGACCCCGAGGAGACAGCAAAGGCUCUGAUGGCUCUGAAACAGCGCAAGAAGGACAAGUUCCUUCGGAUCGCAGGGAUUGUUCGGAACCUGCUGAAAAUCCGUUGACUGUUUUGCUAACCGGCUCGUGACGAGUCGUUGUUUGAUCCAGUGCACACGUCUGUCAGCUCCCUGACUCCUGGAAAAGAGGAUGUUGGAAAUAGACUGGCAAGCGGACAUGGAGAUGAGCUAGGGGCUUUCUGGCUGAGAUGCUCAACGAAAGUCGCCCGGACUGGACACUUUGGAGAUGUCCACUCCACCCCACUGAUGCAGCCCGGCUGGAUGGAGGGAUGCGCAGUGACCUCUGCUACGAGAGGUGAUGCGACGCAGCGAUGGAGUUGCGUUGCUACAAGAUCCUUGGGGCCUUUUCACGCUCCAAACACAAGUCAAAGAGACACUUGCAACAAAGUCUCAGUGAUGAUGAACUUGCAUUUCAUAAAUGCACCUUUUAUCUUCUGUACACCUCAAAGGUGUCGUCAAUGUCAAUGGUUGAUACAAGUACUGACAGAGUGAUGAGAGACUGGUGCCGAAGAUAUUGCCUGAAAAUGUUGCCUGCUAUUCGCGAAGAAAAUGCCUUGUCUCUGUACCAGUUCCACUUUGUUAUAUUUUGCUGUUUAUUUUUUCUUUUCAUUAGUGGCCACUAAUUUAUUUCUAAAAAAAUGUUGUGUAAAAAAACACAUGUGCAAAAAAAAUGCAAGCUCAUGCAUUUUCUACGAGCUAUUUUUCAAUUUCUAUAAUAAAUUAUGAACUCAAGAAGUA